CGAGGUACCACCUCUGGGAGACCAAGAUGUACUUGUCCGCAUGUUAGCGGCACCGAUCAACCCAGCUGAUAUAAACACUAUACAAGGAAAACAGCCCUCCCUUCCCCCUUUACCAAGUGUGCCUGGAGAUGAAGGUGUUGGAGAUGUUGUGGAAAUUGGCAGACACGUCAAUAGAGUUGAUCUUGGUGACAGAGUAGUACUAUCAUCCAGGUUGCUUGGCUCCUGGCGAUACUACGGUAUUUAUCAUGAAACUGAUGUUCACGUUGUUUCUCAUAAUCUUCCUCUUGCUGAAGCUUGUAUGCUAACAAUCGCUCCAUGUACAGCAUACAGGUUACUUAAAGAUUUUAGAUCUAUGAAGAAUGGCGAUACUGUAAUUCAAAACGCGGCCAAUAGUCCAUGUGGUCAAUGUAUAAUACAGCUCUGUAAGGCUAUGGGCAUUAAUACUUUUAACAUUGUUGCCAAUCAUUGUGGAUAUGAGGCUGUCAAGAAGUAUCUUUUAAAAAUGGGUGCUACUGCAGUAUAUACUUUAGAAGAAGCUGAGGAACUUUCGGGUCUCGAUACGUCUUUAACCAGACCGGUGUUGGCCUUAAAUUGUUUAGGAGGAAGAUACGAAGAUGUAAUGCUGAAACUGCUCGAAAAAAAAGGUGUUAUAGUAUAUUAUGGGUGCGCCCAAGAUUUGCCUAUGGUAAAACAAUUUUUACGUAACGACGCAGAGUUUUACAAAUUUAGUUUAAGUGAGUGGGAAGCCUGUGCGACCUGUGUUGAGAAAGACAUUAUGUACAAGGAAUUAAUACAGCAUAUGGUCAUUGGGAACCUAUACGCACCUGUUCAUCAAGCAGUAGAGCUAAAAGAUUAUGUUUUCGCUUUAAAAAAUACUGUAAACUGUGAAGCAUUUGCGACGCUUAAUUAUGUAUUUGAUUUUACACUACCUUAACAUGGCAGCAUUAAAAAAUCGUCUAAAAAAAGUGAACGCAACCUAUGUCAAAAAAAAUAAAAUCAAGUGUCAACUCUGACUGUCAAAGUGACUGUUUACAAAUCUACGAAUUUCCUUCUAUUAUUUAUUUUUAUAAUAUUAAACUCGUUUUUCAACUAAGAAUGGCAGUAUUUUACUUCUGAAAGUAUAUUUAGUAUGUGAAAUGUCUAUGUUUUGUUAGUCGCGUAGGAUAGUAAUAUAAAAUAGUUAAGUAAUAGUACGAAAAGCUCGAUUAUUCGUAGGUUAUCAGAUUAUAGAAAUAUUAUUAACUCUUUUAUAUAAAAAUGGAUAAAAAUACUUAUGAAACUUAUGAGUUUUUACCAGCGAGUAGUAAUGAAGCUGAUACAGAUCAGUUCGUUGUAGUUCAAGAUGAUGGCACUUUUCUGUUAAACAGACAGAUCCAGUAUGUAGCUCAAGUCCAGAAUGUGAAGGAAGUGUUGGAGGAUGUUCAGCCGUGCACUGUGUAUGGUGUGUCCUCACAACAGUUCUUUGUUGAUGUUGACAACCCUGGAGAACUCAUAUCUGUAUCAGAUCCAUUUAUACUACCAGAAGGAGAGAAUAGUUUAUAUACCAACAGUUAUCUGUUACAACCAAGCUCAAGCAACACUACUGAGCAGAUGGAUGAAGAUGUUGUAGUGAAUCACUUCAACAAACAGCCCAGCACACAGGAUGUUGAUGUUGAUGUAGUGACACAUAACUCCAAACAGGGGAAUAAUUUUACUGAGAUAACAUUAAGUGAUGAGCAGUAUCGCACAUUAGAGCAAAAAGGCUGGAUACUAUUGGAGUCAAAUGACAAAAUAUUUGUACUUGAUACAUUGGGGCUUCACGACAUCACCAGUAACGAUAAACUGAUCCAAAAAUUGAGAAACGACAUCCAUAAUGGUUCCAGUGAGGGGACAAUUAAACCAGGAAACGUGGCGAAUGCGUUUGCAAACAUAGUGACGGAAACCGAACCUUUAUCAGAUCCACAAGAGACGGUUAAUUUUAUCAUUAGCAAUGAUAAGGACGAGAAUAUUCAAACAGUACAAUUCGUAGUUGGCAACAAAGAAAAUACGUCUGACUGGAACUCAUCAGAAGCAGAUCCUGAAAUAGAAACUGUGGCCGGAGCACGAAAACUAUUCUUAGACGGAGCUAAAGAAAUACAAUUAAACGAAACUAAUUCAAUUAAAAUUAAGACGAAAUUCAAUUUUAGAGAUAUUCCGGAUAAGAUAAUCUUGGGGACAUCAGUAAAUGGAAAGCAAUUGAUUGCUAAAGUGACAAGACCGGCAAAUAAACAGGAUGACGCACCCAAAAACGUUGCUGAUCCACAAAACAACACCCCUGGGCUAUGCGAGGCAGAGUUUAUAAGCCUCAUACAGCAAACAUUACAAACUGGUUCUCAAAUUAUGGUGAAUGAAGAAGACAUAACAUCUGCAGACAUGGUUAUCGCGCAAUUACUGAAAGCGAGUAAUUUAAAAGAAGCUUUGGUCGGACAAAACCUGGCUGUGACAAAAGCUACAAGUACAAAAAACGAAUCUGGGAUAAUUUCCAAUUAUUCCAAGCCAUCGCUUGUGACUGGCCGUGUGAUGGAGAAAAAUAGUUCAAGCUGUUUUGAACACCUGCCUGAUUUGCUGCAGAACAUCAGAACCAAAUCAGAAGAGAAGAACAACGCACGGAAUAAAGAAACACGCUACACUGCGAAAGAAGACAAAGAGAACAUUACUUUAUUGCACAUUCACAUCAUGGAGACGAAAUGCACCGAUAGUGUUGUCAGAGUAUCUGUCACUCUUAAGAAAAGACAUGUUCCAGAUGAAAUAUUCUUAGAGAACCCUGCGACUAGCGACAGAGAAUCAUACCCUGAAAAAAAGGAUAUAAGUGAAACAAUCACUUAUAAGGAUCUCGGCAACUCACAAUACUGCCCAAAUGGCUUGAACGAGCAAGAAUUCAUUAGUCUCAUGCAGCAGCGGUUGCAAGAUGGACUACAUGUUAAAGUAAUCGACGAGGACAUAGCUUCCGCGGAGAUGGUCAUCUCACAGCUAAUGAAAGUGCCCAAUUUGAAACAAGCUUUGGUUGGCCACAACUUGAUCGUGACGAAGGCGUCAAAUGCAAAGGAUGAAUUCGGGGUAAUUUACAACAGAAGUAAAGCAUCGUUUGUGACCGGUCGAGUGACCGAGAAAAACAGCGCUUUUGAACACUUACCCAAUUUGCUACAGACCAUCAAGGCUAGAUCAGAACAGCCAAACGUCGCGCGAAGUAAUGUGACAUACAGCUGCGUCGAGGAGAAGGACGCCAAAGAAACCAUCGCGUUAUUUCACGUUCAUAUCACGGAGACCAAAUGUACUGACAAUAUUGUAAGAGUAUCUGUCACACUUAAGAGAAGACAGCUCCCGGUUAAUUUCUUGUUUUCCAUGAAGAAACGUUAUCCUACCCCGGUGUUUGCGUGUAGUAGCUGCGCAUCUUUAUUCAAAUCUGAAGAGACCUUAAAGGAACAUCAGGAGAGUCAGUGCCAGAUGGACACAAAAGAUAUGUUAAUCAUUGAAUCGGAGAAUAACAAUUCUGAAGAUGAUAUGUUAAUUGUAAAGAAGGGUAAAGACAAAAUAUAUACUUGUACACAGUGUGAUUCAAGUUUUACGAAACUAUGUAAUAUGCAGCGGCAUAUGAAAACUCACCGACGCGUGGUAAUUAAUACUAAAGAAGAAGUAAGCCCGGAUGGGAGCAUAAAGGAACAGACACACAAAAUAUAUAAGUGUAAAAUGUGCCCCAGCACUUAUCACCAUUCAGCUUCACUUUCCAAACAUAUUGUUACCAGGCAUAUUAAAAUAAAAUCAAAUUAAACAAGAAAUUGUACAAACA